AUGUUCUCUCUUCUUCAAUGUAUGCUUGAUGACCCCGAAGAUUUCUUCCGACCAUCUACGGGUUCGGUAGAGGUGCUGAAUUUCCGAUCCGCUCAAAACGUUUGGGGUUACUUCUCGGUUUCCAGUGCUGGUAAAGUCCACGAGUUUGCGGACUCACAGUUUGGUCAUCUGUUUGCUCGCGGUCGUACUCGUCACGAAGCUGUAUCUGUGAUGUUGUGUGCCUUACAAGAACUGGAGCUGCGGGCCUCGUUCGCCUCUCAGGUGUCGUAUUUGGUAGACAUGCUGAAGGAGCCAGAUUUCACAGAGAAUCGUUUCAACACUCAGUGGCUCGAUAAUCGCAUUGCCAAUAAAGUUCUUCAGAAAGUGCCGCUCCCUAAGCAUGAAAUGAUUGCUAUAAGUAGCGCUGUUAUUGGUCAUGCGAGGGUGACUACAGCCUUCAGUAACUUCAGAAAUGCUGUUGAGAGAGGACAGGUUCUACCAACAAAGGAUUUAACAGAGACGUUCCUCUUCGAUCUUGUCAAAGACAUGAGCAUUUACAAAGUGACAGUGACACGUAGUGGAGCUCUCAACUACGUAGUUUCUUUGAACAGUGGAAAAACGCAGGUAGAAAUUCGCCUGCUAGGUGACGGUAGUCUGCUUGUCACUCACCAAGAGCGUAGCUACACAUGCAAUUUAGAGGAAACUUCCGAUAAAUUCAAGGUGGCGAUUGGUCGAUCAAUAGUUGUCUUCGAAAAAGACAAUGACCCUAGCAUUCUGAAAUCCCCCUACACAGGAAAACUACUGGGAUACAAAAAACAGAACAAGCUACAAAAGACGAAUACUCCGAAAGCAAAAGUCGACAUUGAGUCACUUUACACUCACAGCCAUGUCACACAUUGCAAGGUCGCCGAAGGAUGA